AUGAACCUUUCAGAAUAUAGCGUAUUUCUAAUUACUGAUAUACCUAGUCGACUAAAAACGGCUGAUUUACGUCGAGUUUUUUCACAGCACAUUGAAGCCGGUUUGUUUGGUUGCUUUCAUUAUCGACAUCGUCCUGUUUCUUCUCGAAUACCUCUUCUUUCCUGCAACAGGUUGGAUGUUAAAACUCUCCUCUGUAUUUUAAAACAGCAUCGUACAACAAAGGCUCUAAGUUGUACCGCUCUUAUAUCUAUCAAACCUGAACGUGUUGAGUGGCUUUUGUCGUCAUUCGAGGAUACUUGGUGUACAGACGACCAGUGUGGAAAUUAUCCUAUUUGCAAAUUCUUUCCUGUUACUUAUGAUUCUUCAGAUUUGCAUUCACUUAAGAAGCUUUGUGAGUUUAAUCCCCCUUCAUGGUUGCCUCGAGGAAAUGUUGGAACCCCAACGUCUCACUUUUUUUCUCUUAUUAAAUCUUGUCAGUUAAGUCCAGCGUUAAUUAAAAAUCUCAAACUCAACUUCCCCCUGUCAAGAAUUAACCGAAAAUACGGUAAUGUUCCUUACGAAUACAACGAUCACGAUACUUACGAUAUUACUGGCAGCCAGUUUUAUGAUGAUCAGUCAGAUAUUUUGGUCAAAUCAUGUGAAAUAAAAACCAAAAGCGGUCUCAUUCUUUCAAAUCCGGUUCAAGAGGACGAAGUGUCUGAAGAAUGGGAUAGAUUUGAAAGUCUUCAUGAUGACCCCUACAAUGUUGAUCGAACAACUAAUCAUUCCCUAAAAUACGAGAAUAAAAUUGAGCUGAAAUGGGAGAAAGGAGGUUCUGGACUUGUCUUCUACACUGAUGAACAAUUCUGGAGGGAACGAGAAAGUGUACGCAAAGAUGAGUUUUUCAAUGAGCCGGCUUCGUUUGAUUGGGAUGUAAAUAUGCAGCAUUACAGUGACGAUGACGAGGGGCUGGCUUAUGCUGGACCUGGUGGACCGGACUUGGACAGGAAACAGAUUGAGGACAUGCUCUCCUCCGAUUCGGCUGAUGAUGGUGCACACAAAUCGAAGCCUUCUUUAUCGCCCUACGGGGAGAGGAUAAUGCGGAAACAGGGCUGGCGUAGAGGACUUCGACUUGGUCAUCCGAAGCGCAAGGGCCUUCUAAAUCCUCUUACUUCCGAAGACGGUAUAACUUCAAGGAACCGAUCAGGAUUCGGAUUCGUCAUUCCAUCAAUUCGUCCCAGACUGAAAAGAACCCUUAAUCUUCCUGGAAACAGUAGUCAUAAUCAGGCGAAUCGAGUAAUUAUCAACACUCCCAGUAAUUCAGUGCAUGUCGGGGUCAAAUUUAAAUCUGGAGGCAUAAUCAAUAAUCCCAAAACUUGA